GCGAUGGCUUGUUGAAGAGAAAUGCUCAUAAUCACAACUCACGAGUACCUCUCUCUCACAUGUGCAAGCUCCCCAAUCUUCAUCACUUCUUGCUGGCUACCUCCCUCUCUUUGAUAUUUCCAGGUCACCUCUAAAAAGAAAGAAAAAAGGUUUCUGGAAAUGUGAGUAUCACGUUCUGGGAACACCAAUAUUAACUUCUUCCCCACACCCAUUUCGCCGUUUCUCCGGUCCCAAGCCGUAGACUUCUUCUUCUUCUUUUUCCCAGAUGGAUUCCAGUGCCCUUCUUGACUAUGCUCUGUUGAAGCUCACUCCAACCAGGACAAGAUGCGAUCUUGUGGUGGUUUCUGGGGGGAAAACUGAGAAGUUGGCUUCUGGGUUGGUGGAGCCUUUCAUUGCUCACUUGAAGUUUGCUAAAGAUCAGAUUCCCAAAGGUGGGUAUUCAAUAGCCCUGCGCCCACCCUCCUCUGCAGCCUCCUGGUUCACUAAAGCCACAUUUCAAAGAUUUGUACGCUUUGUUAGUACGCCUGAGAUUCUUGAGAGAUUUAUGCGAUUAGAGAAAGAGAUUUUGCAGAUUGAGAGCUCCAUUGAAUCCAACACCAUUUCAAAAUCAAGUUCAGAUGAAGGGACGCCACCGGCUAAGUCAAAAGGUGAAGUUGAUGGAGAUGAAAGUACUGCAGCAAAGGAAAACUCGAAGUUUCGCCUCCAAUGUCUUUUGGACACUCGUAAAGCAUUGCUCAGGAAAGAGCAAGCGAUGGCUUAUGCUCGUGCCACAGUAGCGGGAUUUGAAGUGGAGCAGAUGGAUGAUCUCAUAUGCUUCGCUAAUGCUUUUGGUGCCUCGCGUCUAAGGGAGGCGUGCAUUGAUUUCGUGGAGCUUUACAAGCAAAAACACACCGAUUGCCAAUGGAUGGAUGAGGUAACAGCAAUGAAGGCGUGCUCCCCAGCAGAGCUCUCGUUUCUGGGGAAUUCAGGGGUUGUAUUAGCUUGUGAUAACGGUAACGGGUCACUUGUGCGCACUAGCUCCUUGGAUACCUCGUCUGAUUCAAAGGAAAGCCAGCUCGACGGGGUUGGAGAUAAUACGAAAGCUCAGAUGCAGAUGCCAUGGCCAAAUCAAAUGCCACCUUAUAUGUACAAUUUCCCGGGCCCUGUUCCACCGAUGUCUUUCCCUGGUAUGCAUCAUGUACCGCCAUAUUAUCCAGGGCAUAUGCACUGGGCGCAAACUGUGGAUGAUGCAACUAAUGGUCUUGCACGAGAGAAUAGUCGUAAACAUCAUCACAAGUCGUCGAGGAAAAAGGAAAAGGUUUCUCAUUCAGACGCUCCUGAAAGUUCAGAAGAUGAAAACAUUACAUUGACCAACUCGGAUUCCGAAACGGAUUCAGAUGAAUCGGGGAAGGAUGAAAAAGAGCAUUUGUCAAGGCAGCAGACGCAUGGUAGGAAGCACAAGAAGAAAUCCUCGAAAACAGUUGUCAUCCGUAAUAUCAACUAUAUUACCUCGAAGCGGAGGGAUGGUGGAUUUGAUGACUCUUCUUCACUCGAAACCACGUCGCUCGAUGAGGAUUCUAUCAAGCAGCAGGUGGAUGAUGCAAUAUCGGUAUUAGAACAAGGCCACAACAAAAAGACGCAUAAACACAGCAAUAGAGGACAUCAGGAUUCCAAACCUCAGAAUGGACCGAAUGGUGGUUUCGAAAACUGGGAUGCUUUCCAAAACAUUCUGAUGAGUCGGGAAGACGAGGAGAAGCAAACUGUAUCCUUCAACGGUGAAGACUGUAUGAUUAAAAAUUCUGAUGACGGAGUCACAAAUGGCCAUGCUGUUAACUUGGAAUCUGAGAAAGUUAAGAGGAAACAUUUGCUUUCUGAUGAUUCUGUUAUUGUGACAGAAAGAAACGGAGCACAUACCGGGGAUGCUGGCACAAUUGAUUUUGCAAAUGGCGAGGAUAUCCGUCCCGGUAUGAAAAGACGGGAGUCUGAGAAUGUGCAGUUUUUGUUGCCUCAAACUAGGGAAGGAUCAGGCAGCACUACUCUCGGAACUGCAUCUGACUUUGCUGUGGAAUCAUGCACCAUCAGAAACAAGAGUGGCGAUGAUUGGUUCGUUGCCAAUAAGCCCGGGAAUUUUGAAAGACAAGGGGCUAAAGAUAUGAUAUUUGAAAACGGAGACAGCUUAAGUGAUAGAGAAGCUAAUAAAAGAGCUACUGCAAUUGAUGAUUCUUUCAUAAUACAAUCCCGAUCAAUGUCAGAUGACCAAUGCAGUUCUCAGUGGAAAACCGACAUUAACAUGGAUGCAGACUUCAUUACAGCAGCACAGCCUGAAAAUAGUGAUCCCGUUGUUUCGCAAACCAAGCCUAGUAGCGGUGAACCUAAUGAUCUGUGUGUAGUGCUUGCACGGGAUCCCAGUAUGGAGUCUGCCGAGGUGUCUUGGAUGCCAGAAUUGGAUUAUGAGAUGGAAGCUUCUUUUGCGGGGAUCAAUAAAAGCUCCCCUGCUACUGAAGAAAGUUCUCCCGUUAAGGGUGUCAAGAAAAGUAAUAAGAAGGAUAUGAGUCCUUCAACAAAGACGCCAGCAAAGGAUACAAAGUCUAAGUUAUCUCCAGGAUACCUCUCAAGAAGUAGGAUUGACGCUUUAUCAAAAAGCAAGAAGAUGUCUCCGACAAAUAAGCUGGGAGUCCAAAAGAGCAAAUUAGAAAGGGAGGAAGAAGCUCGUAAAAGGAUGGAAGAGCUGGCGCUUGAAAGGCAGAAAAGAAUUGCCGAAAGGACUGCUGCCAGUGGUCUUACCCCAUCGCCAUCCAAAAAAGUCCUAGCCGGCAGUAAAACAGCUUCUCCGAAGCUGGAAAAGCACAGGGUUCAACCUAGUAACUCCCGCGUCAAAGCAUCCUAGACCUCCUACUGAGAAUGUAAAGAUCGAAACUUCCUGAGAUUUGGCUAAACAUGGACACGAAACACUUCUCCUAUGAUCCUAAAUCCCAGAAAUUCUUCCUCUUCAUUGAAUGCCCAUCAACGUGUGCUUGUUCCUGCAAAAACAUUCUCACCAAGUCCCGUCAUUGUAAGUUGUUUCCAGUCCUCUUUUUUGUUGGUUGAGCCAAGAUUUGCACUGCCAGUUUACCCAUUCUUACAAUGUAAAUCUAUGAAUGUAAAGUUGUUGGUCCAAUAAUACAUGUAAUGAUUAUUCUUGUUUCCAUAUCUAGAAGGAUAUGAUAAGCUUUGGAUAUUACCAGGCAAUUUAUUUGUGUUAUUGCAGGCUUCCUUAGCAGCCUGAUUGUUAUUUAUUUAUUUAUAAUAAAAUGUGUGAAACAUUUUGUAUAUUUGUUAGACUUAAAGAAAUAUGAAUUGUUUUUUGCUAUU